AUGCAUCGUCGCACCUCUGGCCACGUAUCGGUUGUCUAUCAGUCGAUUGCACUUUGUUGCCUAGUGGCUAGUGGUGCCUGGGGUACGGUACAAGAAGGGUUCGCGAAUAACGUCGACACACACACUGGCGGAUGUGGGCCGAACGGAACAACGCUGACGACGACGACGACGACGACGAGCGUGGCAACCGGGCACUCGGACUUACCGGAGCCAUUUCACCGUGGCCGUGACCGACGUUACGUGCUCAACUAUCCGGUCAAUGGCGGUGUGGCGAAGGUGCUGUUUGGUUUCGUCGCGCCGGUCCGCUUCCAUCACAAGCUAAAGCGGAGCAUCAAUUUGGGCAUCAACCUGCAGGCCAACUAUCGUAUCCUGCCGGACAUCAUCUUUCCCCAUCCGGAGUCCGUGUGGAAGAAUCGCUACAACGAUGACGCGUACAUCGAUACCGGCCGACGGCAGCUGUACCAGCUGCUGGAGAAACUACUGGCCGGAACACCGGGUGGCAAUGCCGGAAGCAAUGCCACGGCCAGGGCCCGGAACUGCCUGCUGCGGACGAUCUGCGAAAUUGCCGACACACCGCUCACCCAUAACGGUAUGGUCGGGGAACUGAUGGAUGUUGUGUUCACCCCUGGCGAUACGGACGAGCUGGCCGAUGAGUAUAAGAUGGCGCGACGGUACGGUGCUAACGGAGUGGAUUGCAGCCGCUUGUACGACGCGUGUCCUUGGGGACACGGCAUUCUGGACACCAUUACGGCACUGCAUUGGUGA